AUGCGGCCUUCCGCUUUUUUCACGCUCCUUUGCGCCACUGUCCUUUCUUUCCAUUCAUCACCCGUGUUCGCACGCGGUGCUCACCGACGCGCUGUCUCCCACCGUCGAGAUGUCCUUUUGAGUGCCAACUCGUCCGCUAUCGCCUCUGCUACCUCGACUGGUGUUGUAGAACCAUCGUCUACAGGAAAUACCACAGCCACAUCCCUCCCCACGCCUACCAGCGCCGGCACUCCAUCUGCCAAGCCGACAUCCAUCGGCUUCAAUGGAACGAAGCACGCUCUAGUGCACUUCAUGGUUGGGAACUCAUACACUUAUCGCCUCGCGGAUUGGAUGACCGAGCUUACUCUGAUUGAGGAAGCCGGCUUUGAUGCUGUGGCAUUGAACCUGGGCCCCGACUGUUGGCAAAAGGCCUCUGCAGACUUGGCCUAUAAGGCCGCCGCGGCGCUGGGAUCGAAGGUGAAGCUUUUCUGGUCAUUCGACAUGUCGACAUUCCCCCAGGGUGGAGACGCCGACGCAGCGAAAAUCGCAUCGUAUAUCAACGAGUACGCGACCAAUGAGCACACCUUCACUGUCGAUGGACGUCCGUUCGUAAGCACUUUCUCGGGGGACCAGUGGUCGUCUAGUUUUGGUCGAUCCAUGUGCGGAGGGUGGGACUAUGUUCGCUCUCUCGUCCCUACGGACAUGUACUUCGUGCCUGCCUUCUUCUUCCCUGAUAACCAGACCAUCGCCGGUGUCGUUGACUGCGUCGAGGGCCUAUUCCAAUGGAACUCGGCUUGGUCUCUCGACGGCUCCCCGGUCAGCGCCAACACAGAUAUUUCAUGGGCGGAACAGCUCGGUCCCAAUAAAACCUACAUCGCAGGCGUGUCGCCGACGUUCUUCACGCACUACCCCGUCUACGGACUGAACAAGAACUUCGUAUACCGCUCGGAGAACAACUACGCGACCCGGUGGCAGCAGGUCACCGACAUUGACUCCCCGAUGGUCGAGGUCAUCACUUGGAAUGACUACGGCGAAUCUCACUACAUUGGUUCGCGCCCGUCGUCUGUCCAGCUGCAACCUACGAACACGACUUGGGUUAACGGAAACAACCAUCUUCCGUGGGCACGCAUCACUAAGCCCUUCAUCCAACAGUACAAGACUGGCUCACCUGACGUACUUGAAUCCGACCUGAUCAUCUGGGAAUACCGCACCCAUCCUGCCAACGCCACGGCCACCAAGGACGUGGUCGAUCGUCCUACCGGCGUUGAGACGCUCAAAGAUGAGAUCUACAUCACCGCAUACCUCUCAGAUUCGGCAGAAGUACGCGUUGAGGUCGGUUCGCUCACCGCCAUCUUCCAGGCCUCCCCCGGUCUCAAUACCUUCGUACAACCGUUUGAGCCCGGAUCAGUGACCGUCGGCAUGUGGCGUGACGGCGAGAAUGUCGGCGGCACGCUCACAGGCGAGCGGGUCAUCUUGGCGGAGCCCGAACUGUACGACUACAAUCCCGUGGUCGAACAGUUCUUCCAUGACCCUGUCUGGGAGUCUUGCUCUGCGUAA